ACAUGCUUUUUUUGGCGUCGCCAGUCAUUGUUUAGAGUUUCAGCACACAUUUGCAUUUCACACAACUGCGAGAACCGAAUUAGGAAGGGUAUACGGUGUACAACGUGUUUUCAAACUUUAUUUUUCCUUAGUGUCUUAAUGUGCAUACUUGCUCGGUAUCGGUUUUCCUGAUAGCCGUUUCACUCAACUACUGAGAGUAGUAACGAGCUGCUCGAUCAUCAUGUUUAUGCCCAACCAUUGCGUAUUAUGUUUCAUUUGCACAUAAAAAAAUCAUUCCAUGUCGCAUCCCCGCAACAACGCAACAUCGACAGUCAAUUAAGAACUUGAGGGAGCGCGAGCUUCGAACAUGUGCGCGCUGCUGUCUAGAAGGAAGGAGACGCUCGAACGUGUUUUGAUGGAGUGUAUUUCGAGCGUUCACUGCGCGGCUGUUGUACGUUCCUCUAGUCUCUACACACUGGUUCUGGUUUCUCGGAUGAGAUCAUAAGUUUAUAUAGUAUUUCGAUGUACGGAAAAUAGUACAUCAUCGUUGCUUGAGUUUGAUGGCCCAUAUGCAAAACGGCGUCAUCGUCAGUCAUCGAAAGUCGCGUCGGUCAAUUGAAAGCAUAGAUCAUCACGUAUUGGUUCGGAUGUGCACCCACCUUGCCGUUUGUGGAUUGGAAUGUCGGAUAAAAUAGUUUCAGAAAAUAAUCGAAGCGUGCUGAGAUUAGCGAAAGCUAACCAUCGUUGACGGACAAUAUGAUCUGGAUCAAAUUGAAUCUGCUUUGAGUACAUCAAAAUCAACUCGCAAACGAUUUGAAUCAGACCGAAGCACAGUUGUGAUCAAUCAGAAAUGGCGGUGUUGAUGUCCUAUCAUCGUUUGAUCGAAAAGGAUUCGCAACAUGUGAGUUACUGUUGGAAAAUUUCCAUUCUGAUGGUGCUUGUGGUAGCGGUAGGAUCCAGUCUCAUAAUAAGUUUCAGCCUUUAUUCUUUGUGGGAAAGCUUUAGUUUAAAUUGUUUUGUUGGAGCCAAUUUGAGUUUCGUGAUAUCAUCUAGUGAAUCUGAUCUUCUGCACAUUGGUGACUUCAUGCAAUCAGAGCAAGAUAGCGGUAAUCUAAACAAGCUUCGUAACUCGACACCAGUGGAUGAUAAAUAUAUUAUUCACGAAUACAGCAGCAAAUGGAGCAACCCAGAUUAUUGCGAGUAUCUCGUGUACACUCCACUGUUUCACGCUUUGAUUGGAGUUAUUUGGAUGGCCUUAUUCGUGACGCACGGUCAUGGCGGAGAAGGUGUUGGCAGUAUUAUACCUAGGCCAUGGAGAAUCGUCAUUCCAUCAUUGGUCUUCUUCCUCAUAUGUGGAAUAUCUGCAUUUAUCUGUGCUAGUCUAACGACCAGUGGUUUAACCGAAUUUUGUAAGGAGUUCAACAAAAUAAUUUCCACCGGAGGAACUGAAUGCGCCCGAAUGAUUAGCUAUUUCUCGAUGAAUGAAGCGAAUGAUCUGGUACUGCCGGAUAAAAACUACUACCUGGUGGCAGCGUUCCCCUGGAUUUGGGCAAUCAGCUACGUAUGCGGAGCACUAAUCAUAGUGUUACGCAUCAUUCUGGUUGUGGAUUUCGAGUUGAUUCGAAUCGUGGUUUCCACCAUUGAGAGUGACAUGGAAUCAUUACAAAGCGAUCAGCAGGAAAAUGUUCAAAUGAUAAACGAAGCAACGCAACUUGGAACGAAUGCCAGUAGCUCAGUAGAAUUAAGAGUUUGAUGUUUGAAAUUCUGUAUACAUGUUUUCAAUACUAAUAUUGUGAUAAAUGAUUUUGUAAACCUCUUUAGGUAGUAAGAUUUUACAGCUCAGUUUUAUUACCCUUCAACGACAGUAUACUGAACUUAUUCAUAUCAUAUUCGAAAAAAUCAGACUAACAGACUGAGACAGCUUGAGGAGUCAAUCGUCAGUGAAUACCAGGCAAGUUUUCUUAUGGGCUGGUCAACGACGGGUCAGAUGUUUAGUUAGUGGAUAAUGCUUGAUAAAUUCCGGAAGUAUAACGGAAGUAUAAGACUCACCAUCUGUUCAUUGAUUUCAAAGCAGUGUACAGUUCAGUGGAAAGAAAUGAGCUGUGAUAGAUAACAUCUUAACAUGGUUUUCCAGCGAAACUGAUUAGGCUGAUACGUGCAAGGCUUGAUGGUUCAACCUCGUUAGAGACCUAGAUGUAUAGAAGCAGGAUGAUGCACUUUCGAAUUUAUGGUUCAACAUUGCACUCGAGGGCGCCAUUAGGAGAUCUGGUAUGCAGAGGAAGGACACUAUCAUCCCACGGUCCUUAGCUUUGCGGACAACAUCAAUCUUAUUGGAAUCGAUCGCAAGGCAGUAAUGGAAGCUUUUCUCCCACUCCCACAGAAGACGGAUACGGUGAGGAUAGGCUCAACGGUCAGCUCUGCCAAUAUAAAUUACAUGGUUGCGAUUAGAGAUAGAGUUAGACCUAGUGAUGUUGGUGCUGAGGUAGUGCUUGGUGGGAAAGUGUUUGAAGUUGUUGAAGAAUUUACAACCUGUAUGUAGUGUACAAAGAAAAAAUAU